AUAGGCUGUGGAAGGCCGCCAUGUUGACGUAGGAGGAAGAGGUGGUGCUCUCCCCUCGGCGUGGGACGGGCGCCCCUGUGACACAAUCACACACACACAAACACACAGGGCGAGAGACGUGGAAGGACGCACAGACUCAACAAGCCGAUCUCCCACUGCCGAGAGCCGAGGAUCGUCUUGGAUCGGAUUCUCCCCGCUUUGCUUCGCGCUCGUGCGGGCACAAGUUGUGGACUAAACCCACUCGAGCUUCCUGGUCAUUUUCGGAGCGCGGCAACGGUUGAUGAAAACGGAAGCAGGAGGACGGUGAUGGCCGCACACUCGGACCUUCUUUGACGGAACCUUGAAAAAAAGCGCCCAAGCUUCCCGGAAAAAAGCGUCCCAUUUGUGCGCCAAGCCUGGUCCGCCAUGCCCAUCCUCAAGCAGCUGGUCCACUCCAACCAGUCCAAGCGGCGCUCCCGGGCCGACCUGACUGCGGAGAUGAUCAGCGCUCCGUUGGGGGACUUCCGCCACACCAUGCACGUGGGCCGGGGGGGCGACGCCUUUGGGGACACGUCCUUCCUGAGCACUCGGUCGGGGGAAGGCCCCGACGAGGACGCCAAUCACGGCGCUCCGGGUUCCAAGUCUGGUCUUUUGUCCCGCACCUUCCGAGGCAGCAAGCGCUCCCAUUCGGUCAACCGAGGGGACAAGUCCGAGUACGCCGCCAUGGCGCCCUCUGCUGGAUCGAGCAACUUAGUGAAAAACGCCAUCUCCCUGCCGUACCUCCACAACGACUUCGGGAACAGAGGCGGGCACCUGGCCAAGAGCGUGUCCUCCAGCCCCAUGAAGAAGAUGGAGGAAUUGGACAUCAAGCCGGCUAACGGCGCCGCCGCCAUCGCCACGUUUGACGCAGAGUUCGACGAGCGGAAUUUUGGCCAUCUUAGCGACUUGCCCCCGUCCAUGCCCAAAGGGGGCGGCAUGAAGCACGCCGAGUCCAUGAUGUCCUUCCACAUCGACCUGGGACCCUCCAUGCUUGGGGACAUCCUGAGCGUGAUGGAGAAGAAAGGCUACGAGGACGUGGACCUCGGCUAUGAGGAAGGCAAAGGAAGCGAAGGCCACGGCUCGCCGUCCCGCAUCCCGCUCAUCGACGAAGAGGACGCGGCGGAGGAGCGGGCGCCCGCCAGGCCGCCCCGCAUGAUGUACCGACACCAGGCCGUGGAGGCGCCCUACACCCCCCAGCUGCACUCCAGGAACCACCGCCAGAACCCGGACAGCUGCUCCGUGUCCAGCGCCGGCUCGGCCGCAGAGGAAAAAAGUCCGCACCGCCGCCACCUCCACCGUGACGGCGACACGGACAGCGCCAAGUACAGCUCCCCGCGCGGCGACGAGGACUUUUCCUUCAUGGACGACGAGGACGAUGAGAUCAGAGUCUAAGACCUCACAAAACUCUUGGAACGCUGGACGACAAAGACGCUGACAUCAAAUCCACACUUUUUUUGUGACUUUUUGCAGCCUUUUUCCCCCUCGUUGCUUUGAUGAGACAUGACUUUGUCUUAAAGCUACGGCGCCGAGGCUCCAAGUGCACUUAAUCAUCCCGUCACAACGAGGCCUUGGCGUUGUCUUUUGGACCUUUGCUAACGGCGCCAAAGCACUGGCAGGCUCUUUUAUCGCAAUCCAAGGAUGGGACAUUUACAAAACGGAGGCCAAGCGUGUUUCCCCUUUAGUAGCCAACGGACGAGUCAGCCAAUCAGCGGCCGGUGAACUUCGGUGUCGUUGCUGAGGGUCAUGUGAUGCUGCCUCGCAGGAAGUUAGAGGAAAUUCAUCUCUCUGGCCGCAACAUUAGGUACGCCGACGUCCAGCUUUAGUCGCAUGUCUAUUUUUUCAUUUCACAUCACAUAAAAAUACAAUAUCAUCAUGACGUCUUGUUUUUCAUGAGAAAAAAUCUUUUAUAAUAGAAUUAAAAUAAAAAAUGAUGAUAUCAUAAUCCCGGUUUAUUAUUUUCUUCUCCAGCUUUGCUCGCAUGCAAACUACAACUACAUUUUUCAAAUGAAUAAUACUUUUUCUCACUAUUUUAGAAAAUACAAUCACAUCAUUUUAAAUAUGAUUUUUAUUAUUUAAAAUGACAAAACAUUUGUUUGCUAGUUUUGUUUUUCGCAUGCAAAUUACAACCACAAUUUUGAAUUAUGCAUUAAAAAAGAAAUAUAUAUCUAUAUUCUUUUUUACUUUUUUAUUUUACUUUUUUAAGCUUUCAAAAUUAUUUUUAUUAUUUUAUUAUCUUUUUUGUUAAAAAUUAUAUAAUUUUUAAAUGAUUUUUUAUUUUUUAAAAUAAUUUUUCAAAAAUAAAAAAAUGGGUUUACUCGUUUGUUUUUCUCCAGCUUUACUCACAUGCAAACUACAACCAGAUAUUUUUCAUUCAUAAAACAUUUUCUUACCAUUUUUAAAAAAUUCUGUCAUUUUUUAAAAUGAUUUUUAUUUUGAAAUAAUUUUUCCCCCCAAAAAUUAGUUUACUAGUUUAUUUUUCUCCAGCUUUAGCUUCAUGGAAACUGCAACCAGAAUGUUUUGUUUUUGUUUUAUUUGUAAAAUAAAUAGAAAUAAAUCAAAUAGUUUAAUGACAUAACUUUCCAAGUUAUUUUUAUUGUUUUCAAAUGAUAAGUAAAUAUGCAGCACAUACGUUAUCUUGGUGGGCAUUAAGGCAGACUUUUCUUCUCCAGCCGGAGUCGCAUGCGCACCACACCCGCAUAUUUGCCAUUCAUUUGACAUUUUCUUGCUACUUGGAAAAAAUAUCAAAUUAUAUAUGUAUAUUUUUUUAGGAUUUUUAGAAAUGAUUUAAAAAUGUAAAAAACAAGUGUUUACAUGUUUGUUUUUCUCCAGCUUUAGUUUCAUGCACACUACAAGCAGACUAUUUAAUUCUACAUACAAAAUAUAGAAAUAAAAUGGAGUAUCAGCAUAUAACUUUUUUGUAUUGUUUUAAAAUGAUUCAACGUGUACAUGUUUGCUUCUUCAGCUUUAGUCGCAUGCAAACUACCAGAAUUUGUAAUUAUCACACGUCUUAAAGGUAUACACUACCAGUCAAAUGUUGUAGAACGCUUCACUUUCUCUGGAGGAAAAGUCUUCAUUUUCAAUCGCUCAGCCUCUUUGUGGAGGCGGGGCUACUAGUGAAUGGAUACAGAGCAGUUAGCUUCGUGAGGCAGCAUGCGCUAACAUGAAAGAAGGCACGGAGGUGCCUCGGGCAGCGGAGCCUUUUGUCCCGACAGCCAACGGUUACUGAGGUGUUUGGUCGGCAAAAUGGUGCGCGCUCACAGACAGUGUCGCUGGCUACAUCGCUAAAACAUACAUACAGGCAACUUCUGUGUCAAGCUAACGUCUCACACAGGCACACUGUACACAAUACUUGAGUACCAUCCAGUGGUUCAAAUGUGAAUUACACCUCUCUUGACAAAUAAUGAAAAAAUUGUCUUAAAAAAUGUCGAUAAAAUCAAGUAUCGACGAUAAUUUGUAGCACAAUUAUCGUCAUGUCAAAAUUUGUUAUUGUGACAGGCCUGCAUGUUAUUUUUCAGUUUUGGGUAACCUUACCUGCUUUUUGAAGCUCUGGCACUCCACCACUUAGCUUUGUACCAUUUCAAGCUAUUCAUUGGACUUGAACCACUUCAAUUUCAAUCAAUAACUGGAAAAAUUGGGGUGUUCUAAAACUUUUGACCGGUAGUUUUUAUAAAUAAUAAUCCUAUAUUAUUUUUAUUACUUUAAAAUGUGUACAGGUGGAAUUUGGGUCAUUUUGGUGGACUGCAGCUUUAGUGAGGUGCAAACUGCAACUCUGUUUUUCCAAGUGCGUACACACGCGUUUGAAGUACAGUGUUCCCUCGCUCCAUCGCCGGUCACCUUUAGCAGGCUCUGUUUCGCCGCCCUUUAAGAAGAAUUGCACUGUGGCAAGUUGAGUGUUGUAGUUCUGUGCUUCAGCACGAGGUGGCACUGUCUCUCUUUGCAAAAACAUCGUUUCUAUUAUGCAUUUGUUGUGUUCCACGUGAUUGUUGGCAGGCGUGCCUAAUGUUGUGUCCAGUGUGUGUGUGUGUACAGGUAUGUGUGUAUGUACAGGUAUGUGUGUUAGCUGCUGACCCACCUGGUUGCUAACAGGAGCACCGUGUCAUUUUCCUUCUGUCUUGUCAUCUUCUAGAGAUGCAUUUACUCACUUUCAGGUUUGUUGAGUCUAUUUUUGGAGGUAAAAGGGCCAAGCUUCCUACGGAGGAUGAUUCCGAACCCCGGCUGUAGGAGUCCACGCUGGUGACUUGAUGCGGAAAAAGACUACAAAUGCAUCAUGGUGGAAAAUUGCACCAAAAAUGCUGUGAAAAAGCCGUCUGAGCUGUUGCCCCCCUCCCCCAAUGAGCUGCAAAGGUGUCUGCAUGAACUCCACUGAAAGUGGAAAAGAGCUGGAAGAUGUUCUUCCGCCCGUUGAGUGCCACGUUUCCGCCUUCUUUUCAGUAACGCCUCCAUUUGGCAAUAAAAGCUGCUGAUAUCAAAGCACGUUUGUGUUCUUCCUCGUCUUCCUCGCGUGGACAACAAGCCAGCUUCGUGCUCCCGAGCAGCUUGGAGCAGAUCUCACACAUCCAACAUCCAACAUCCAGCAUCCAAAUCACUGUUGCCACUUGGGUGUUUUGGACAGGAUUCAUAUCUACUUCACCCUUUGCUCUUUUUUGCACCAUUCUUGCCUUUUCAUUUUCCAAAUAUUUCACCUUCCUUCGGAAAGAAUUCUCAUACAUUUUAUUGUCAUCAACUUAUGAGUUUAUUCCCGUAAUAAGUUGACUUUUUUUCCCCCAAACUUUAUUUUCCAAAAAUGACAGCUUUUUGUUUAUUUGUCAUAAUAUUAUGACUUAAAAAAAAGAACUAAUUUUCUCUUGAAUAUGUCCUCUCUAUGCCACUAAAAUGACAUCUUAUUGCUCAUAAUAUCACAAGUUUAUUCUGGUAAAAUUGCGACUUUUUCCCUCUUACUAUUUUUGACUGUAUUGUCGUAAAAUGACAGCUUCUGUUGGCAAUUAUUUUAUCUUCCACAUUCCAAAAUGACAACGUUAUUUUGUUCUGUUUGUUUCUCAUAAUAUCACAAUCUUUAACAAAUAUUGAAUAUUUCAACUCUGUGCUACUAAGUGGACAUUUUUCCUCAUAAGUUUUUUCCUUUUAAUAUUUUCACUUUAUUCUUGUAAAAUUACAUCUAUUUUGUCCAUUUCUGCUCUUUUUUUAUUGUCCAAUGAUUUCAACUUUCUUCUCGGAAUAUUAGAACAUUAAUUCCAUAAUAUUUGGACUUUUCCCCUCCACCUAAUUUUCCAGAAAUUCCAAUUUUGUUUUGUUUUUUUUUUCUCUUAAUAUUUGGACUUUUCUUGAAUAUUUCAACUCCAUGCUACUAAAAUGAAUUUCUUUUUUCUCAUCAUUGUUUUUUCCAUUGUUGCUGGGUUUUUUCUCUUAAAUAUUUCAACUUUUAUGUUCAAUAAUCUUCAUAGAAGUUUUUUGUAAUAAUAUGACUUUAUUGCCAUAAUAAUAUAACUUUUGCCCCAACCUAAUUUCCUAAAAAUGAGAACUUCAUUCAAUUUAUGUAUAACUUUAUUUUGUUUUCUUUGUUUCUUAUAAUAUUAUAAAUUAAAACAUAAUAAUUCAUUCUUUCAUAUUUAAAUCUUUAAUAUUUCAACUGUAUGCUCUUAAAUUGACAUAAUUUUCCUUCAUAAUUUCUCUUUACAAUAUGUUUUUAUUCUCUUAAUAAUUUGACAGCUGUUUUUUUUUCUCCAUUUUUUGUUUUUUUUUCCCAAAUAUUUCAACGUUCCUGUUAAAUAAUCUUUAUAUGUUUUCAUGUUGUGAUACAUGAUGAUACAUGAUGAUACCAUAAUAAUACAACUUUCUCCUCAACCUCAUUUUCUAAAAAUGACAACUUACUUUAUUUAUAACUUUAUUUUCUUUUCUUUAUUUGUCUUAAUAUUAUGACUUUUAAAAAGUAACCUAUUUUUCUUGAAUAUUUCAACUCUGUGCUACUAAAAUGACAUUAGUUUUCCUCAUAAUUGUUUUUUUUAUCAUUUUUGCAUUUUUUUCCAAGUAUUUCAACUUUUUUGUUCAAUAACCGCCAUAAAUUUUAUUUUCAUAAUAUUAUGACUUUUUUUAUUGACUUUUUUUCCCAAACUUCAUUUUCCAAAACUGACAGCUUUUGUUUGUUUCUCACAAUAUUAGGACUUUUUAUUUUCUCUGGAAUAUGUCCUCUAUGCCACUAAAAUGACAUCUUAUUGCUCACAAUAUGAAGUUUAUUCUGGUAAAAUUGCUGCUUUCUUUCUCGUUAAAAUAUGACUUUUUCUCUUAAUAUUUUUACUUCAUUCUCGUAAAAUUACAGCUGUUUUUUUUUCAAUUUUUCUGUUUUUUUCCCAAAUAUUUCAACUUUUUUGUUAAAUAAUCUUUAUCAGAAAUAUGUUGUCUAUAUUAUCGCUUGUUCCGCAACCCAAUUUUCCAAAAACUUCAUUGAAUUUAUAACUUUAUUUUGUUUUCUUUGUUUCCCAUAUUAUGAAUUUUAAAAAUGUGUUUUUUCUU